CCCGGCGGCCCGCGCGGCAGUUCCCGGCGGAAGGGCUGCUCGUGAUGGCGGCGGCUGGUUCCGCCGCAGUGUCUGGGGCAGGGACCCCUGUGGCGGGUCCCGCAGGCCGUGACCUCUUCGCCGAGGGGCUCCUCGAGUUCCUGCGACCGGCCGUGCAGCAGCUGGACUCUCACGUCCACGCCGUCAGAGAGAGCCAGGUGGAGCUCCGGGAACAGAUCGACAACCUAGCCACUGAGCUGUGCCGAAUCAACGAGGACCAGAAAGUGGCCCUAGACCUCGACCCCUACGUGAAGAAGCUGCUGAACGCGCGGCGGCGAGUCGUCCUGGUCAACAAUAUUCUGCAGAACGCGCAGGAACGGCUGAGGCGGCUAAACCACAGCGUUGCCAAAGAAACAGCCCGCAGAAGGGCCAUGCUGGAUUCAGGACUUUACCCCCCUGGCUCCCCAAGCAAGUAACCGGCAGGAAGAGGGAACCCGAGCUGCCCUCUGGCCUGCCCUGUGUCCUCCGGGGCGCCCGCAGACCUCAGGACAUGGAGAAGGCAGCCCCGGCGGGUGUUGGAAGCAUUUAUAUCUUACCCGUGUAGAGCGGGACUCAAGAUCCCAAAGGAUUAUGGCUCUUUCUUUCUUCCAAGAGUGAGCUGAGGCUUCUACACAUUCACUUGAUCUUAGCCAAAAGGCCGAAAAGCGAUGCCUCUACACAUUCAAAGUCCAACUCCUCUGCCUUCAGCCCUCGUUAAUGAGGCGCUUCCUGGGUUGCAUGUUCUCUGACUAGUUUUCCUUUAUUUAUAGAGGAUUUGGAGAAGAGGGCAGGCAAAGUCAUGGGAAUGACUUCUGCCUACCCUCGUAUUGAUUGCACUUGGCUUGAAUAUAGUGGCAGUAUUUCUAGAACCAUUUAAUUAAAUAAAUUCUUAAACAGUGUUCUUACUUUACUCUGGUAUAUGGAAAGGUUCCAAGAGUCUUCGUGCAUUAAUUCUAAUAAAGCUUUAAAUUGUGAUCUAGCGUU